ACCAACACAACAGCCUCGGGUCGGGUAAAGCGAAGGUCAACUAGCUUCAGUACUAAUGCCGACUUGCUUGGCUACCCAGCGGAUCAGUUGUGGGACAUCUGGAAAGCCGUUCAGUCCGUAUUAUAGCUCAGCCAGGCCAGAAGGAGUUCAGGUUUCUGUUCCGUAGCAGCUUGUUUUCAUUAUUACUAAAAUUUCGUCAUUAACCUCCAGUGCAUGGCCGUCUUUUAUCCCUCACGCGACUGAUCAGGCAGCGACUCUCUUUCUCUUUAAUCUAACAAACACUUUACGACGGGAAAUAGUCUAAGAACCCUUCUUUCUUAUCCGAAGCGUAACAGCUUCAAGUAGGGUCAGUACCCUCACUUCGCCAGGUCUUUUAUCCCUUCCAGUGCAUUUGCCCACUGAUCAGGCAGCGACUCUCUUUCUCUUUAAUCUAACAAACACUUUACGCAGGGAAAUAGUCUAAGAACCCUUCUUUCUUAUCCGAAGCGUAACAGCUUCAAGUAGGGUCAGUACCCUCACUUCGCCAGGUCUGGCAUAGGAUGGGGGAGCCCUGGGAAGGAGCAGCGGCUUGGAGCGGACAGGAGCAGCACGCCCUAGAAGGCGACCUAGGCAGAGGUGGGGCCGGGAGAGGUGCCGGAAUGAAUAGCGGAUACGGUGCAAAUAACGGCAUGCUGGCGCAAUCGCCGAUGGGUGCGCAGGGGAGAGGGGGAAGGCGCGCUCUAUCCGUUGAUUACUCUCAGCGAGCGGCGACUGCGCCUAUGCAGGGCCGGGCGCCGGCUGCACGGCAGAACCAGUACUCGCAUGUGCACGCCCCGCAGCAGCAGCAGCAGCAGCAGCAGCAACAGCCUAUGAAGUCGCAAGGACUCUACCCUGUCAAUGAGCACGAGGAGCCCAACAACUACUUCAACUCUGCUAGAGCCGUCCCCACACAUCAUCAUCAGCAUCACCAGCAGCAGCAGCAGCAGCAGCAGCAGCAACACAUGCAUCAGGCACCACCGCCACAGUUCCAGCAGCAGUGGCAGCAGCAGCAGCAGUCGCAGCAGCAGGAUAUGGGGGGGUAUUCUGGCGGACGCGGCACCCAUGCAGGUGGUGCGAUGAACCACCACUUCCAACCACAGCUAAUGCAGCAGCAGCAGCCGCAAAUGGAUAUGCAGCAGCAGCAGAUGCAACAAGCACAGGCGCAGCAUCGCAGAACGAGGUCCGCCGCAGUCACCACCAUGCUAGGCCAGCCCGACCCUUUCACCCCCACUGACCCCAACACCUCCCCCCACUUCCCUCCGGCCCACACCCCCACCGCCGCCACCACGCCCUCCACUGCCCCCGGCGGCGGCUUCCCCGCACCUGCAAAUCACCCAGCCAUGGCCAUGCGCCCAGGAACAGGACCUGCUGGGUACAGCAGGCAGGGCGGGUCCGGGGGCGGGGGCGGGGGCGGUCCCCCUGCUCCGGCGCUGGUAGCAGCCAUGCAGAGCAUGAGUCUGGGUAGUCCGGCUCUGGGACCGGCGCAUGCUGCGGGGGGGGGGAGGGCGGGAGGGUUUGGUCCGGCGAGUGCUCGAGGCAGCAGCAGCGGCGGCUUCGGGGGGCCUGGAGGGCCUGCGGGGCCUGGAACGCCUGUGGGUCCUGGCGCGGAUGCUGUUGGUGCGCAGAACCAAUGGCAGUCAGCAGCAGGAGGCGGAGGCGGAGGAGGCGGAGGAGGCGGAGGAGGAGGCGGAGUAGGCGGAGGAGCAGGCGGAGCAGCAGGGAACCAGGCUGCCCCUUGGGAGCAGCCUCCGGACGAAUCCUCCUCCACGGACGCCCGGUUCAAGCCGAAGAAGAUCCAAUCGGGUGGGCACACGUGGGAGAUGUUCUCGGGGCCCAGCAUGAACAUUCUCAGGCGGGAGGACGACGCCGACCUCACCCCCAACGAGCUCGCCACGCUCGUGGCCGCGCCUGUGCGCCCCACCGGCCGCCACAGGCGCUCUAGGUCCGCCAUGCCCGUGCAGGCGCAGCUGCAGCAGCUGCGCCCGCCCUCCACGCCCGAGGGGAGGGUGCCUGGCGCGCUCAGGGCGGUGGCCGCGCUGGGGGCAGGCGGAGGCGCUGGGGGCGCGGUAGGGGGAGGGAUGGGUGGCGGGAUUGGCGCGGUGGGGGGUGCGCUUGCUCCUGUUGGCGCUGGGAGGGGAGGGGGGGGGAUGAUGGUCUCAAGCCCCAUGGGCGCAGGUCCAGGCGGAGGUAUAAUCACAGGGGCAGGAAUGGGUGGGGGGAUGGGUGGAAACAUGGGUGCAGAGACGUUUGUAGUCGAGGGGGAGCAUGGGGAGCAGGGCGAGCAGGAGCAGGAGCAGGAAGAGGAAGUGGCGGAAGUGGCGCCUUGGGAUAUGGACUCUUCUGGACCUAACCACCAAUCAGAGUCGCUGCUGGUGAGGGCAGAUGAUACCGGCCCGGGCGCCGCUAACAGCAUCGGGAGAGGUGCUGCUCCUGGUGGAAUGAGAGGGGGCGGAGUCAAUGCACCCUUUGAUGGUGCUGCUGAAAGCACGGCUGGGGUUUUUGCUGGCGGUGGUGAUGCUGGCGUUGGUGGCGGCGGUGGCGGUGGUGGUUACAGCAUUCCAGGUGGUAACAUGGUCAGUGGUAACACGCACGGCCUUCCUGCUCGUGCGUCCACUGCAGGAGGCCGGCCCAGUGGUAACUACCACUUCCCAGGGCCGCGCCAGCCCCACUCACCCAUGCACGCCCAACCGCAGCAGCAGCUACAGCAGCCGCCACCUUACCAGCAGCAGCAGCAGCAGCAGCAGGCAAUGCAGGGCAUGGGUAUCGGCGCCAAUCAGUGGACGGGGAACGCGCUGGUGCCAGACCAGCGCGUUGCAGCAAUCUCAGGGCGGCCUCAAACGCGUACGCCCCCUGCAGGCUACAAACGGACCAUGAGUGGAGGGCUGGAAGGCAACCCAGGAGGAGGGGGAGGAGGCGGAGGGGGAGGAGGGGUAGGAGGAGGGGUAGGGGGAGGGGUAGGGGGAGGGGUAGGGGGAGUGGGGGCAGUGGGAGCGCCAGGGAUGGGGUUCGUCCCGGGGGGGAUGGUAGCUACUGGCGGUGGUGGUGGGCGGGGGCUGUCUCCCCACCGGCGCUCCCAGUCCAUGAGCGUCAACGGCUUCAUGCACGCACCUUCACCUUCCAUGGUCUCCACACCCAUAGGAAUGGCUGGCCCUGGCAUUGGUGGUGGCGGUGGCAGUGGGCCGUCAGGAGGUCGUCCUGACUUGAGGCAAGCGGGCCGGGCUUCUAGCUUUGUGGAGCAGUCACAUCAGCAGCAGCAGCAGCAGCAGUAUCAGCAGCAGCAGCAGGGACAGGUCUUCUCCCCUGCUGCUCGGCCCAACGUCCCGGGCCGAGCGUCCAGCUUUGUGUCGCGCCCCGAAUACCAGUCCGGCCCAACCAACAUGAUGGGUAGCGACGGUGCUGGUGGUGGUGGUAUGGCUAGGCCGGGAUCCGGCCAGGGAGGCAUGGGGCAGGGGCAAGGCCGGCCGUCCAGUCCCCUGGUUCUGCGGCAGGGGCAGGGGCAGCAGCAGUUUGUGCCGAGUCCUAGAAUGGGCCCCGGGCCUGCAGGCUCGGGCCGAGGCGGAGCAGGUAUGGCAGCAAUGGCAGCAGGGGGGGGAAACAACAUGGGCAUGCGGUCGGGCAUGGGAAUGGGGCCAGGGAUGGGCAUGGGCAUGGGGAUGGGGAUGGGUCCCCCUCCUGGCAGCCCUUCAGGGGGAGGGCGUAUGGGGCCUGGGGUAGCAGGUGCAGGGCGGGGGGGAAUGCCAGGGAGAGGAGGGAGAGGAGGAGCAAUGGGGCGAGGCACAGCAGCGGGAGGAGGAAUGGCAGGAAGAGGAGCAGCAGGAGGGGGAGGGAUGGGCACGGUGCUAGGGAGGCCGUACGCGGACGUGAGUGACUACUAUAUUCUGGAUGGGGACGAGGUGGGGCGGGGGCGCGUGGGCAGCAUCCGGGUGUGCGUGGCCCGAGAUACUGGGGAGCAGUUUGCGUGCAAGACCAUUGCCAAGGACAGGCUGCAGUGCGAGGAGGAGGUGGAGGAUGUGCGCAAGGAGGUGGCGGUGAUGGAGCGGCUGAGGGACCACCCGCAUGCUGUGCAGCUCGUGGGCAUGUUCGAAGACGAGCAGAGCGUGCACCUGGUGAUGGAGCUGUGUGCGGGCGGCGAGCUGUGGGAGCGCAUAAAGGCGCGGCGGUGGUACGACGAGGGCAGUGCGGCGGCGGUGCUGCGCGUGGUGGUGGAGCUGCUGCGCGACUGCCACGCCAUCGGCGUCAUGCACCGCGACCUCAAGCCCGAGAACAUCCUGCUCUGCACCGAGGAGAACGACGUCGAUGUCAAGGUCAUUGACUUCGGCGUCGCUGUCUUCUUCAAGCCAGGCGACGUGUACUCCGACAUAGUGGGCAGCCCCCUCUACAUCGCCCCUGAGGUCCUCCACGAGGCGUACGGGCCCGAGUCCGACAUCUGGAGUGCAGGGGUCAUCCUCUACGUGCUGCUGGCGGGCGUGCCGCCCUUCCGCGGGGAGAGCGACGAGGGCGUGUUCCAGGCGAUCCUCGAACAGGAGCCGGACCUGCAGCGGGCCCCCUGGCCGGAUGUGUCGGAUGAGGCCAAGGAUUUGGUGCUGCGCAUGCUGACCAAGGACCCCGCCCAGCGCAUUACUGCUGAUGAUGUUCUUGAUCACCCGUGGCUCAGCAUGUAACUGUGGCCCCAUCUAAUAGUACGGUAGCGCUGAGUGCUAACUAAAUUAGUUUAUAGCAAACGUAUCAGGGCUCGGAUUAGCGAUCCUACUGACCCAUGCGAUUGCUUGAUCCGAGUCAACACAUUGAAGCAUGAUAGAAUAAAGUACACGUAGAUUUUACAGCAACAUUGUUGGUUUGAAUGUGGGAAUUAAACCAUUUAGCUCUAUAAUCUACCGGUAUAUGUGAUAGGUUAU